AUGGCCUCUAUAGAGGCUCGCCUAGGACAACUUGGAGAGGACACUAAAGUGGCCACUAAAUCCACCUCUAUAGUGGCCACUAUUUUCCGCUCUAGUGGCCACUAUAGAGGUUCUCUAUUUAGUGGCCAAUUCAGUAGUUUUUCAUCCAGUCUUCCUUCCAGUAACUCUGAUAUGUUUAAAACAGACAGAUUGGACCAGUUAUGUUGAUCCAUUGACCCCUAAAGUGGCCACUAAAAUUUUUAGUGGUCUAGUAGGUGCACUUGGACCUCUAUAGUGGCCCCUCAUUUUUAACCCCUUAAGUGGCCACUAAUUUGACUACUGUAGUGUCCACUAAAAAUUUUCCCAGUAUGGUAGUUUCUCUGGAUUUUUCAGAAGGAUUUUGGCGCGAUUUGAUAUGAAUUCAAAGAGGGUCACUGUAGGUUCAUUGGUUUCAGGACUUUCAGAUUUAUACUGUACACAAAUGUUUCUUAAGAAUGUUUUCGGAAGAUGUUCAGAAGGUAAUGAAAGGUCCAUGGAAGGUAAAAAGAAAUUGAAAACUUCUGGCAACCCGCCGGAAGCCAUCCAGCAGGUUUCUGGCAGGCUGCUGGAAGGUUGCUGGAAGCUUCCCAUAGAGAAAUUACUUCUUGGAGUACGGCAUGUGAAAAUGUUCCAGCAGGCUUCCGGAAGGUGAGCAGAAGGCGUUUGACCACUUGCUAGAAACAUUUCCAAACCCUUCCAAGGAACCAAAAGCAAAUCUUCCCAAUUUUUUCCCAGUACCUUUCUGUGUUGUACGGCUCAAAAGGUGACCCGAAAACGAGAGAAAAAGUGCGAAAACUGGCGCAGAUUGCCACAAAAUUAGCACUUCACUUGGGAAGGAACGUGAAAGGCGAUACCGAUUCUCAUUCACGUUCUUUUUUCACACAAUUAGAACCUCAGUCGUCAAGAUUUUUGAUGAAGUUGAGCGGUCAUGGGAAAUUGGGAGAACAAUUUGCUAACUUCUUCAAAUUUCCGAAACUUUUCUAAGGAGAUUCUUGGAUUUUAGACACUUUGAAUGAUACUUUGAAGCUUUAGAAGGUUUUUAGAGACUUCUUGGGUCAACUGAAACUAGGGAAGGUCUCAGUUUUUUGAGAUAAAGCCGUUUUCUCAAAAAAAAAAAUGCAUGGGAAAAAAAAGUUGGUUCGUUUUCUCGUGAUUCUAGAAGAGAAGGUAUCAAGUGUAAUGUUUUUUCUUUCUAUUUUAUGAUUUAGAAUAACUUUUUAAUUAAACAUCCACCUCUUUAUAGGAAAAAAAGAAGCGGUUAGAAGUCAAAAAAAUCUUCUCAUCAGAAAAAUUUUUCAAUUUUUGGUCUAGAGACUUUUUUUCAAGUUUUCAAAAUUUUUCAUGUUAUUAACUUUGAAAACUUGAGCUCUUAGGUGUAUUUAACUGAAGUACAAGGCAAGCCUUCUAAUAAGAAGAGAACUUUCAAGAUUUUUGAACCGAAGAAGCUAAAAAGUUUGAACUUUUCUCCAAGGUUGAUCCUCAGAUGUAUUUGAGCAUAUUUUUGUUGCUGUCUUUCUUUUUUUUGAACAAGAGAACACUUUGUCUUUUUCUUUCGAUUUAUUCAGGAGGAAACAACAAAGGAAUUAGACAAUUGAAACAGAGAAUAAACGAGUUGACCUGAGUUGGGAAGUUAAAGUUGGAAAGUUAGACACUGACCUAAACGGAAUUAAUUGAGGACCGAGUUAGGGCGAAAAACUAGGAAACAAUCACAACUUAGGCAAAACCCGCUCAAUGUUACUUAGGAGAUGAGAUAUUAACUAUUUAGGAAUUUAAGGAAGUUAAACUAGAAGAUAUUGAGGAAUUAGAGGAUUAGAGAUAUAAACUUAGGUGAAAUAGUUAAGGAGAAGUGAGGAAACUUAAGUAAGGAAAAAGGCAAACGUCGAGUCGAAGAAGUCAGAAGGCGUGGCAGGAUUCAGAAGGGCAGCAGCGUUGACGUCAUCGGAUUCAGAGGCUCAGGCGACGGUGAACGACGUCAUCUGGAAGAAGAAAUGAAUUAG